GGGAGAAUCAAACUGCCGGCGUCCUGUUGUCAAAUUUUUUGCAUACGGACUUCCGCCCCCUGAAUUUAGUUUCUGCAUCAACUAGCAAAGGCGGUGGGCAGACCUGAGCCCUCAAGUCAGGCGCAGUCAUGCGGACUUGACAUUUAAACUCGGUUAAUAUUUGGACAUGAACGGCACACGCGUGUAUCUCGGAUGAUCCCGGUGGAUUUGGAUUAAACGGCGCACUGGGAUCUGACACAUUCAUUCUCAGAGGCGUUUAUUAUGCUGGAUUUUUUGCCGGAUCUUGUGGAUGUACCGUGACUAUUUGCUGUCACUUCCAGUGUAGAACUGGAAUAUUGCAUUGGACUCGUUGGGGUGUUUUGCAGCAGGAAAAUGCGUGUUUUCAUCUCCUCUCAAACAGGGGGAUUCCUCGUCAGUUAGCACUUGUCUGUUUGGAUCCUAAAGUAGGAUACAGCCAGAUCCUCCAACCCAGUCGAGGAUCUGAUGUCUGUAUGCUCUGAUGUCUAUUUCAAUGUGUCAUAUUAGAAGAGUUGACCAUCUCUUUUGGAUGGAGUUUUACCUCGCGAUUUUCUUUUGACGUCUCGGACAGCGUGGAUGCAUUUUUAGAUCGUUUUUAGCUUGGAUUAUUAUUAUUUUUUGCCUGCGGUUUUACAGGUUGGAUCUUCUCGUUUAUUUCGGGUAUCUAAACUCGGUGCUUACUGUUGAAAUCACACGUUUUAUUCUUGUGAUUCGUUUUGACGAUCCACUGGGUGAAAAUACUGUGUGAUCUCUUGUUGAUUUAUUUAUUGUUGGUUGAAAGCUUUUGCACAACAUGACUUUCUUGUCCGGGGCAGCGGUUCUGUUGCUGCGUGGACUCGUCAUCUCUGCGGUAUUGGGUUUAGAGAGUUCAUACACGAGUCAUUUGUCGAACCGAGUCACUCCGGAUCCAGCAGCAGCUGUUGCUCCUACAGACCCGUGUUUGACAGUCAUCCCUCCAUGUAUGAAUGAAGCCGACCGCUUCAGUUUAGAGGCACUUCGGCACAUUCACAAGCAGCUAGAUGACGACAACGAUGGAGGAAUUGAAGUGAAUGAGAGUGUAGAGUUUAUCAUAGAGGACAUGAAGCAGCACCAGACCAAUAAACACAGUAAUCUUCACCGAGAGGACCAGCACAUCACGGUGGAGGAGCUGUGGAGGGGCUGGAAAAUAUCAGAAGUGCACAACUGGACACUGGAGGAUGCAGUUCAGUGGCUGAAAGAGUCAGUGGAGCUUCCUCAGUACGAAAAAAACUUCAGAGAGUUUAAAGUAGACGGCAACAUGCUACCUCGAAUAGCGGCCAAUGAACCAUCAUUUAUGUCAAUGCAGCUAAAGAUAUUAGACCAACGACAUAAACAGAAAUUAAAUCUAAAAGCGUUAGAUGCAGUGCUCUUCGGACAUCCACUACGUCCUCACCAUCACUGGCUGAAGGACUUUGUUUUGAUGAUUUCAAUCAUCAUUGGUGUGGGCGGCUGCUGGUUUGCAUACAUACAGAACAAGUCGUCUAAAAUUCACGUCUCCAAGAUGAUGAAAGAUCUGGAGAGUCUACAGCAUGCUGAACAGAGCCUGAUAGAGCUACAGAGCCGGUUGCAAAAGGCUCAGGAGGAGAACCGGACGGUGGCGGUGGAGAAGCAGAACCUGGAGCAGAAGAUGCGUGACGAGAUCAACGGAGCAAAGAGAGAAGCCAGCAGACUGCGAGAGCUGCGAGAGGGGGCUGAAUGUGAACUCAGCAGACUCAAGUAUGCAGAGGAGGAACUAGUGCAGGUGCGAAUGGCACUGAAGAGAGCAGAGAAGGAGAUGCAGUCAGAUUGGUCUGUGCCAGAAGCCCUGCAGAUGUGGCUUCAGCUCACACAUGAGGUGGAAGUGCAGUACUACAACAUUAAAAAACAGAAUGCCGAGCUGCAGCUCACGGUCGCAAAGGACGAGGCAGAAAAGAUCAAGAAGAAGAGGAGCUCUGUGUUUGGUACCCUCCAUGUUGCACACAGCUCAUCGCUGGAUGAAGUAGACCACAAAAUACUUGAGGCUAAAAAAGCUCUGUCAGAGGUCACAGCCUGUUUGCGUGAACGUCUUCACCGCUGGCAGCAAAUAGAGAAGUUAUGUGGCUUUCCAGUGGUUAAUAACUCUGGGCUGCCCAGCCUCACCGCCUCCCUGUACGCCGACCACAGCUGGGUGGUCAUGCCGCGGAUGUCGGUGCCACCCUACCCAAUCGCUGGCGGGGUGGACGAUCUCGAUGAGGACAUGCCACCAAUCAUUCCACAGUUCACCUCUCCUUUGAUUCGACCUCCUCUGACCCGCAACAGCAGUGUUUGUCGUUCUCGCAGAAGUCUUAUGUCUCAACCCUCGUCCCUUUCUCCUGACCCUGAUCUGUUGUCUAUGGCCUCGGCCCCACUGGCUUACAGACCCGACGGAGACGAUGAUCACAUCUUCUUCACUGUAGAAAGGAAGGGAGAUCCUCAGGACACAUACUCAGAUUCAGAUUCUCUCAGUUCCUCUUUGGGCAGGAAGCAGUUCUCUGGUCCCUCUGUUCAAAGUACAUGUGUUACGGGGACGGAUACCCCACCACGUAAAAUCUCUCGCGAGGAACUUCUUCUCCUGGUGCAGGAGGCCCAGACUGUCACCAUGGAGACCUUACCUCCUCCCACAUCCUCCCCUUCAUCUCCACUUGACUCCUCUUCAUUUCACAAGGGCUCUCCUGACCUUACCCACUCUUCCGUCCUCCCAGAAUCUCAAAGUUUAACCUUUCACCCUGGCACCAAAGCUAUGGCCUAUAAUGGCAUUCUGGAAAAGUCAUACAGCAUGGGGCAGCUGCCUGCUGGUGGGACGCCUCCAGAGGGUCAAUACCCCUCCAUUAGCUCACUCGACAUAGAAAGCAAAUCUAUCAAGGAGCCCAAGCAACUCCAACCCACCUCCUCCCAGGACUCUUGCGAUAACGGAGAGAAAAAACGCUCCAAGAUCAAGAGCUUGUUCAAGAAAAGCAAAAAGCUGUGAGGAACAGUAGAGAAGAGGAAGAAAUGGAGAGAAAAAGAAGCCUUAAAACAAAAUAAAUGAGGGUGAUGCUGUCAACCAGAAGCCAAAACAGUUUUCAGUUUCUUUGUCCUUUUUUUAUUUAAAUGGAAUGUAGCUUCAUCUGGCUAGAGUCCUGGGUUGGAAGCCUUUUUAUGGUGAUUUUUUAGCCUCACACAUAUGCCUUUAAAGGCCAGAAAAUGUCAUGUUAACAUUUUGCAGAACAUGGCCUCUUCACUGUCUUCUGUUAAGUCUCUGUUUUCUAUAAUGUGCACCCUAAUGAUGUCACCAGGAAGGGAUCAGGAAAUAUACCAAAACAGAAUAAACAGAACAGUCCAAAAUUCGCCAAAUCUCCAAAUUCUUAAAAAAAAUUGACUUCCUGGAAAUAUGUCUUAAAGGGAGGGUUCACCCACAAGUGAAAAUUCUGUCAUCAUUUACUUUCCCUAACCUGUAUGCUGUAGUUUUUUACGCAAAAUAAUUUUUUGAAGAACUGUUACAUAGUUCUUGCCAUACAACCAAGGUUCAUAGUGACCAAGGGCUGUUAAACACAAAAAAGCAACAUAAUAGUAGCUUAUACUACUCAUGUGCUAUUUUCCAAGUAUUCUAUCCAUCUGCGCUUUGUUUUUAAAGUUGGCCUACAUACAUGCUUCAGAUGGAUGUUUGACUUGCACUGCAUCUGUUUUUUUUUUCAGCUUCACAUUGGUCACCUAGUUAGAUUGUCAGUUCACGUUUUAGUGUUUAAUCCUGUUCUGUACACACACUAGUAAUUUACAAGAGUUACAACUGCGUUUUACAACCAAAUUGAAUCCUGAAAAAUGCAGGUAGUGACAACCACAUUUACAACUGUUUUGACUCCUUAGUGUUGCC